AUGUUCACUCAGCAGCAAACUUGUUCGUGCACCGGGGGCCGGCAAGCCUUGUGCCCGUUCCAUGGGGCCCUCCGGUUGGCGAUUGGCAUUCGUCAGGCUCGUCGUUGGUCCUCGGAUACGUUUCUGUGCUCCGGGGCUGCGAUCCCGCCCAGCAAGCGCCAGGUCGCGAGGUUGGCUCAGGUGGUUGGUUUUUGCCUGCACAACGAUGCGUCAGAGGACUGGAUGCUCUCUCAGAUCGAGGACUGGGCAGAGCACGCUUUCCGCGUCGCGGGGGCGCAGUUGCUGGCCCGGUCGAUGGUGCCCCUCCCGACGAUACAGAUGCUGGGGCGGUGGGGCUCUAUGGCAGUGAUGAGGUACGUGCAAGAAGCUGUCAUGAACCAGCCCGCCGUCACGGCCGCAACGGUGGCAUCCUACUUGUCCGGUGCUCCGUCCGUGCGCUCUACUGACACUUUGCGCGACCAAGUUCGCAAACUUGUGGCGGAGUGCAUCGAGGGUCGCGGGAUUUUCGUUCAUAAUGUGAAGUCUCGCUUAGCACACAAGCCGUGUGCGGGAGAGGACGCAGUCCCGUCCGAUGAGUGGCUCUCGGCGUGUGGUAAAUGGCGCUAUGGUACCAGUUCGCCGUCCUGUCCGCAGUUUCUGGUCAAGACACAGCACCCGAGCCCUCAGGAUGCCGGCUUGGAUGCUAAGGUCUCGCAGCUCCUCGUUGACCAUGGCAUCACGAACUCAGGUACCUUCUUCUACACGUUCCAGGGGGUCAAGCUCUCGACCGGCACGGCCGUUAAGCUCGAUGAUGUUCAGUAUAUGGUGGCCCUGUCAGUGGUGGCGCACAUGGUCGAUGAGAUCCGGGUCGCUAAGGCCAAGCGCGAAGGGGUCCUCCAGUCCGCGGGCACGACACCUACCGCAGCCGCUGCAGUUUCUACUGCGGCCACCAAGGCUCCGAAGGUUCUUCCCGAAGGGUACUGGGCCGAGUUCCUGGCCGAAUUCCAGUCCGAGAAGAUCGGGGGGAUUGCUAGGCAGUUCCCGACUCACCUCCUGUCCGGUGCGGACGAGAUCCUUGCACGUUUGGUGCACGAGCGGGUCACCCGUUCGCAUACUCCGUUGAAGUUGGGUGAGAUUGUCGCGCAUCGACAGUUCACCGCAUCCGGCCAAAUCAACCCGUUCAGGAUUAAGGAGGAGCCCGGUUCGAGGAUGUUGCUUCGCGAUGACGGCCUGUUCGACCGGGCACCGCGCCACAUCACCCACAGCGGUACCCACAGUUGCGUGAACUUUACCUGCGCAGCAAACGUUGCGGAGGCGCUUGCGCGCUACCUCCUCCCCGACUCCAAAGGAAAGGGAGCCAAAGGCGAGCAGAAGGGGAAGUUCAAGACAGUCCAGUCCGAGUCCGAGGGGAACCCGCGCAAACGUCCAG